CAGUCGUAAUCCAAUAUGGCCGCGUAAUUUUAGAAAAGAAAAACAAAGUGAUGAAUUUAUCAUUUUGAAAGGAUACCAUUGACUGAUAAAUACAUGACCUUGUACUCGACCUUUCCAAUGAAAGGAUGUCAGAUUCGAAAGAAAAAGAGGCAAAAUCAUUAGGUUGUGAUCUAUGUAAAACAUCCUAUAAUUCUGAAAAGGAUUUGAAAGAACAUUUAUGGUCAUUGAUUCAUCACACUAAAAUCGAAGACCAGAAAAGAAAUUCAACUCAUUCAUGUACAUUGUGUUUGAAUGUUUGUAAAACAAUACCAGAAUACAGAAAACAUCUUCUCAAUGCCAGACAUAAAAAGGCUUUAGAGAAAUUUAACAGAGCAGCAGAAAAUGGAAAAGAUUAUGUAUUUAGUGAUAGCGAAAGAGAAGAUUACGCUGACAGGCCUAACAACCAGUAUGCAUGUAUGGACAAUAAUCCAUCUGAUCGAACACAUCCUUGGUGGAGCAGACGCACAGAAACACACACAAAUCAACCUCCACCAUAUUGGAAUAUUCCUCCAUGGCAAAGGCCUCAGAGUCAAAGAGAUUUUAUUUAUUCAUCCCAAAAUAUAGGACCAAAUGGACGAUUUAAUGAAGACCGAAGUGGAAGGACAAAUUCUUAUAAACAUAGUCACAUGACAAAUACACACAAGCGCUAUGAGGAUGAUGAGGAAAAAAAUAAGAAUGUAAGGGGAAUGAACUCUGAAAAAAAAUCUAAACACACCUCUUCUGAGGUAGAUAGAAAUACUAAUUCCAGAAAAGGUGGAUUGGUUAAUUGCAGGAAUUCUAAAGAAGACGGAUCAUCUGGAGAAUUUGAAAACCCUUUCUGGCAUUCUACUAGUGACUGGCAACCAUCUAUGCCACCACCAUUGAUGAUGAUGCAGCCCUGGCAGAAUAACGAUGCCUACUUUAAUUACCAAAACUAUGGAGAGACAUCAGGGUAUGCAUAUAAUAGAGACUUCGGCAGAUACCAUGGUAAUAAUUGGAAUAAAAAUUAUUGGAAAAAUAACGGUAAUUUUUAUAGAAAUUCAGGCUAUGACUAUGAAUAUAAUGAUGAUGAUGAUGAUGAUUCACAAGAAAAUUAUGAAAAGGGUGCAGACGACAACACAGAGCCAUCCAGUGAUCUUUACACAAGUUUUAACGGACAGGAGAAAUUAAUGGAGCCUGUCAUCGACAGACAAUAUAAAUGUACUAAUAAUAAGAGUUUAACGGUUGGAUCAACCAAUCGUAAAAGACACAGUGAUGGAAAAGGGUAUAAACGCCCUUCAAAGCUACGAUACAACGAAUCAAGAAAUUAUAAGAAUUCAUCAUUAACAUCUAUAUCUGCAUCAACUAAGUCAAAUAAAUUAGUGACAACCCAAAAGUUCAAACAGAAAAAUGUAAAAUCCCCAAAGAAAAAGUUGAACAAAAAACUGAAUUCUUUGGCACAAAAGAAAAUGGAUGUCUCCAGAAAGGAUAAGAGUAGGCCCAAGUCUGUCUCUUCAUCUAAAAGCUUGUCACUCUCCUCUUGCCAUACAAAAAGUACUCCCCAAAAUAUGCCUAUCUCAACAGGGAAAAAGCAGGAAUCUCCAGUUGAAACUUUGCUGAAUGCCCCUUCAACUUUUGAAUCCAAGAAAAAGUUAUCUUCAACUGCUUCUCUUCUUAAAGAUCCUCCAAGUCCUCUAAUUUCUCCAGACACAAAUACAAUUAGUGGUAUUGAUGCUGAAAGACAUAUUUCCGAUACAAUCAGUAGUCCUGCCCCAAUACCAGACUGCAACAUAAAAAAUAAAUACUCAGUGAAAGAAAGGAACCCAAAUAAACCAAAUCCAAAUAUCCCGAUAAAAUCACUCACAGUAAAAUCAAGUAGCAGCAAUAAAAAUGAUAGUGGACCCAGGUUCUUGAAACCAAAGAGUUUACUGAAGAGAAACUCUCCAAAAGUAAGGCCAGUGAAAGAUUCAGUGAAGAUAUCUACUAGUUUAUCGAGUGAUAAUAAAAAUACUAAAAGUAACAAAUCCAAGUUUGAGGCAUCUGUUGUAAGUGAAGCUCUAGUAUCUUCGAGUUCUUCCCAAAGCCACGAUGAUGAUAUCAUCAUUGUAGAUCCUAAACCUCAAAUUCGACCAGGAACUAGUAGACAAAACAGCGGUGAACCCUCGACAACCAUUGAUAUCGAUGCUGCAAGUUGUAGUAAAGACCAUUCUUCUGAUUCAUCAAAGUCUAGAACCAUCCAUGAUCUUUGUUCUCCUUCAAGACGAGAAAGAAUGACAGCUAGUGAACAACCUGCAGAUAAACCCCAGAAAGCUCUAGCCAAGGAAACGUUAUUGAAGUUGGUCAACUCACCGCGAUCAAGAAAGGAACGAAUGCAACUAGCCACCAUGUUAAGAGAUCAUGCACAAUCCCAUAAUAGAUUAGACUCAUCAAGAAUUAGAAGUGAUGACUUGGAUAUAGAGCAAGUUAAACAUGACUUCAACAGUCUGUGUGAAAGUUUUGGAGGAUCAAGGAAUAAUCUCCCAUCUAUUAAAAUAGAAGAUCUUACCCCUGAAAUACAGUUACAAAUAGCACAGUUAAUAGAAGAUGAUUCUGAGUUGUCUGUUGAUGUUCAGUCUAUGUUGACUAAUACGAUAGAAGACAAGUCCAAUAAAGAUGAUUCCGUGGUUCAUAUGGAUGGUGAUGAUAAUAAAACAGCUGAAACAAAACAAGAUGACAAGAAAACAUGUAUCCAGUCUACAGUUAAAUCAGAGCCUGAAUGGUUGAAAAAAUCUAAGAAAGAAGCUCCAGUUAUGGACAAAACACAUUGCUCCUCAACCCAGCCUCCAGCCGUGUCGAUAGAUUCCCCUUCUAUUUUACCAGAAUCUACAGUAACAUUAAGCACACCACAAUCCAGUCCUGAAGCUACACCAUCUACAAAUAAACAGUCCAUGGCAACGUCGUCAUCGACUAUGGCAAAUAGACCCCCUACAACACACCCAAACUUUUAUCCCCAUCCAUAUUUUUCUGGAAACUAUCCGUAUCCUCCCUUUCCUCCGCAUGGUUUCCCUCCUUUCCAUCAACCGAUGCAGUUCCCAAAUCAACAACCAAACAUGUUUAAUCCAUCAUUUAACCCCAUGUCUAUGCCUGGAUUCAAUAUGUUUCCUUCAAUGGGAAAUCAGUACCGACCUAUGCCAGAAAACAUGCAAUCAGCACCACAUACUUCCAACCAUGAGGACCAAUCUCAUCGAAUGUCACCCGUACAAGCUUCCACAAGUGAUAAUAAUGACAAGUUACUAAGUCCACAUCAAUCAUCAAACCUACUGGCACAAAAAUCACCAGUCAAGGUUGAGACACCAAGAAAAGAAAAGAUUUAUCAAACUACAGCAACUUCACCAAUCAAAUUUGAUUUGGAUGAACCAAGUGAAACGCAGGACAUACUUGCUUUUGAUGAUACAACUCCUCCAUCUGCAGAACAGAGAUCUGUCAUGAAAGUAUUAAUAAGUUUGAGUUCCAAAGAAGAGAAGAUACAAUCUCAUCUUGAAUCUGUGGAUACUACAGAAGAGCAAUUAAACCAGAUUUUAAAGAAAACAAUGCAACAACUGAAUGAUUGUAGAGAAAAGAGAAAGAGGUUACUAGAUGAACAGAAGGCAAUACGUAUAAAGAAAAGUAAACUUCUAACAGAUUUUAUAAAAGAUAGUGAUGAUGUAGAUAGAGAUGACGUGAUAGCUGUCAAUCACAGAGUAUCAAGUUGUGAUAUAGGUGUACAGAUAUCUUAUCCACUCACAUCUUCGCCAUUUGUUGAACAACCAUUAACUUUAACAACUACAGAAAUCUCUCACGAUUCUGUCCCAAAAACUGAACCAAUGUUCUCCCCCAGGUCAUUAGUGUCCUAUAAUUCUCAUGAUUCUGAUUUCGCGAAUUCGGAAAGGACUAGUUCACAAUCAUCAAACAUUAACAGUGAGGUUAUUGUGGAAUCGGAUUGUAGUUCCGGAGAUUUAAACAUGGAUUUUAUCAGAUUGUCAAAUGAAUUGGGAUCAGAAGAUGAAACCAUGGCAACAGAUGACCAAAUUAAAAGAGAAGCUGUGGAAGAAAGUUGUAGUUCUGAUGUGGAAACGUCCAGUUUGGAAACAGUUGCUGUUGUGUCUCUACAAUCUACUUGUGAAUCUCCUUUUGAAAAGAUUCAAAAAAUGUCCUCUCCGAAUACCUCAAUUCGUUUUGAAAAUGUACAUGACAAGAUUAUUUUUUCCCCAUCAAAACAUGUUCCCCCUGCCAUUACCGAUCAACCGGGCAGUUUGAUGAUGAGUCCGAUGGGAGACAGAUCCGGUGAAAUAGAUGUAUUCUUGUCUCCAGUAAAGAAAGAAAAGUGUGAAUCCAGUCCAGAAUGUGCGAGUAAAAGUUUUAGGAAAAGAAGUGUGUCAGAAUCAGAUGUAGAUAAUAAAAGUGAUAUAUCGCCCAGUAUUUGUGGUCGGUCAGUGAAAUAUCUUGGUGCCAUAACAGGCUCUCCUGAUAGAGCUUCAAUAAUCAAACAAAUUGCUGCCAACUUCGCGGGUGUUACCUCUGUGUCCUGUGUUCGUGUCAAUCAACAAACCACCCCAACCAAAACUACAGCCGAACACAGGGAAAAUGUUGAACAAGUGAAUCCCAUAAUGACGUCAUGUGAUUCUGUUAAUAACUAUCAACACUGUGUAGAUAGUACCGAAUCUAGUGGUGAUCUCAGAGAUUGUUCAAUAAUAUUAGAAAAACUUGAAAUGGAGUCAAAAAAUUCUGAAGCAAAACAAACGGAAAAUCAAUUAAUUGAUGAUAAAUGUACAUCGAUACUGAACCCAAAAGCAUCAACCAUGUCUCCUGUGAAAAAGAUUGACUCCCCGCAUAAAACGGGGCCAUCUACGUCUAAUGAUAAUUGUGUGGUUAUAGAUUCUAGUUCAGAAAGUACUUUCGAUGAAGAAAAUAUUCCAUUAGCUAGUAUCAAGCAAAAACUACAGACCCAGCAAUCAGAAUUGUCAACACUGUCGAUGGAAUUCUCUGAGACUGAUUCCGAUGAAGAAGAUAUGGAAUUAGCUAAAGGUUAUGAAGAAUAUUUUCAGUUUCUGGAAACAUCGGAAUCGGACAGUAAACAAGAUGAAAACAAUUCACAUCUAUCCACAAAACAUCCACAUACUAAACAACCUUUUGAUGGACCUAAAAAUUCUGUUUGUGGUUUAAACAUUAUAAAGAAUGAUGUUUUUGUAUGUUACAAGGAUUAUGGUGUUAGGAGAUAUUCAUUACAGUCUGGAGAACUGAUGAAGGAGUAUAAUACAGAGGGCAAUAUUAUACAAUGUAUGACAAUAGGGACUACAAGAACUGGUGAAACAAGACUAUAUAUGGCUGGCCCAGCAUUAUGUAUUAUGGCUUAUGAGAUAGAGGAAUCAUCACCAAUGUGUACAAUUGAUGUAUUGGAAGAAGUGAAAUGUUUACAUUCAGAUUAUGGACAUGUAUAUGGUGGAUUAUCUAAUGGAAUGUUAGAAGUUAUCAGAUUACAGGCUAAUAAAAAGAUUGAUACAUAUCAGAGUGAUGAUCAAUGUAUUCAUUGUAUAACAUCAGCUAGAGAAGGUGGAUUUAAACUGUUGUGUGUUUCAUCACAGGAUGCUACUAUAACUGUUUAUGAUGCUUUCAGUGGUUUACCUGUUAGGGUAUUAGAGGGACAUUCAAAAACAGCUUUCUCUGUCAGGGUGACUAUGAAUAAAGUAUAUAGUGGAUCAGGUGAUAAAACUGUCAUGGUUCAUGAUUUACAUACUGGAGAUUUAGAACAUGUUUAUAAAGAUCAUAAAGGAAUGGUUACCAGUAUAUAUGUAGACGGUGGUUUAUUGUUCUCAGCCAGUUAUGAUAGAUUUGUUAGAUGUUAUGAUACAGAGAAUCAGACAUUAAAGUGUAUGUAUUAUGGAGCAGGUCAUAGUGUUGUAUCUAGAUUAGUUGUACAUGAUGGCAAGCUAUAUACUGGUAAUCGUGAUGGUGAAAUAUCUGUUAUACAUAUAAAUCAUCAACAAGUCUGGCCAUGUCAGUGUGAUAAUUGUACUCAUAUAUUUGGUGUGAAAGAUCAUCUGUUACAUCAUGUUUUAACUGAUCAUCUGACACCAAACUCAUUUAUGACAAAAUGUACCUGGAGAGGAUGUAAACAAUGGUUUUCUACUCAGAGAGAAUCAAAGAAUGUAGAAAGUCACAUGUUAAACCAUUUACAAUCACUUGAUACAACAACAGAUUGAUAGUUAUCGGUAUAGUCUUCCAUGAAUCGAGACUAAAAAUAUAUAGAAAUGGUGUUCUCUGGUACAUUUGGACAUAAUACAGAGGAAUUGGACAUAUAAGUUAAUGAAAUGAGAUUGGGUUUAACCGACUGAGCUAAUGUAUAAAUUAAUACAUGCUAAGAUUUAUUUACAGUGCUAUUACAAAUUAGUAUGGGAUUCUGAAUGUAAAAGAACUAAACUAUUGAUAAUUGUCCAGGAGGAACAAUAAUACAUCAUGACACUGGGAGUCUUUAUUGGACAAUAAAUGUGUCUUAAUAUUAAUCGAACUAUAGAUUCUUUCCAGUAUUUGCAUUUAUUCCAGGCAUAAUAAUUUUAUAGCGUCUUUUUAACAAGACUAGAAAAUAUGAGGAAAAUAUAUACAGAAUAUUUUGGAUGAUGCUUUUCCAUUUUUUUCUUUUUUUUAAAAUAGCAAACAUUGUUUGUUGUCAGUUUAUUUUAUUGUUGUUUUUUUCUUUUAUGUCUGUGAUAUGUAUAUAAAAGCAAUUAACAUUAA